GUGGAAGCGAUCAGCAGCGUGACCGCGGCGCAGCCGUCCCGCGGCGCGUACGCCUCCGGUGGAAUCUAGCCUUUAAUGUAGCUAAAAAAAAACGACUAGCCAUUUCCAUGACAAAAUCACAAAGUCGAACGGGAACGUUAUAAAUGCUCCGAGACCGGAAAUGAAUGAAAUGAAACUCGGAAGGCUGGCGUCCGAGGAUUCAGGAACGCACCAGUAGAUACCGCUCCCGUCUCAGGGGAAAAUGAGGGAAUGAUGCAAGUGCAUUCAAAAAUAUGACGGGCUUUCUAACGAUAAAAAGCUUAAUGCAAAUGGGUGAAGUGUCACUAUAUUUUCUAUAUAUGUUUUAAAUCAGUGUAGGCUAUGCUAGUAUGUUCGCCCAUGAUUAAAUAAAUGUUUAGGCCGAGUAGACCGAGUGCAGUGAGGUUUACCGGAUGACGCAAUAAACAAAGAUGGCUGCGCCCGUAGUGAUUGAGUUUAGAUUUAUUUUCUUAGCAUUUAUACCACGUUGUUUAUUUUAAUGUCGAUUUGAAAUGAUCGUAUACACUUGAAUACAUUUCUGCUUUAAUCCGGUCACCGAUUUAUGCAUUGCACGGUCUUUUGGGGCAUGCAAUUCAAGGUAAAUGUUUGUUUUCAAGCCGGUUUGCUAUAAAGGCUAAUGUAGCAAACAAUAUUUACAGCCUGGUACGGCUCUUCGUGCCUCAGGGAAACAGCGAAAGAACUUUUUUGGGGGAAUUGAAAUAGGCGAAAAUUACAAAAUAUUAAUGAUCGGAGUUACUUGAAAUGUUAAGUUUAUACCUGAUGAAUGUUCAGGAAAUCUUUGCAAUCCAUUUCAGGUUUUGUUACAUUAUGCAAGUGGUUAUAAAUUCUUAAUCUUUCAAACCUAGACUUUCUCGACCUCUUAUUUCCCCCCGAAUAUCCGAUUCUGGGUUUUUAUCGACAACAGAGUAAAAUAUGUUAACAAAUAUGUCACUGUGCUGCCCAACUUUGGAAGAACAGCUUUCGUCCAUAAUUGACGUACUUGCGAAAGCUGCUGUAUCAGAAAUUAGCCAACUGUUCUCGGAAGGCUCGGCUACCCUUCGAUUACAAAUAACUCGGAGCCUGAAAGAAAACAAAGCGCUGAGGAUGAGGAUGAAGGUGAUGAGGAGUGAGCUGUUUUCUUUGCGGCUUCAAACGAGAUCAAAUGCAUCGUGUGCGGCCAUUCGUUUGGCCCUGGUUCGAGCCAACACCUGCAAACCAGAGAUUAAAUCACUGGGAAAUGAUGACUGCAGUGACUUUGGAGACCGCAGCACACAGCGCGACGCCAUCUCAGAGACUCUUUACACCCCUGGCUCCUCCCACAUGUCCAGUCACAGCGAGGAGCUGAGGAUCCUGAGUGUCUAUGGAAAAGGGGAGGGCCCACUGGCGCUGGACGGCAAUGGCACACUCUUCAACUUGUCCGAACUGGAGGCCCUGAACUCGCUGUCUGCAGACCACAGCGUGGCCAAGAGCCUGGAGCGCGGCGAGGAGCUGGUCCACCGUGAGGAGCUGACUGUGCAGCAGCAGACCCCAGACACCAUUUUAAUCAAGGAUGAAGAGGAUAUUGGUGGAGGCAUGCCAGCUGUAGAAAACUGCGCUGAAUUUGGAGACUGCAGCACACAGCACAGCGCCACCUUAGAUAGUCUGCAUGUGGACGCUCCUGGCUCCUCCCACAUGUCAAGUGACAAUAUGGAGCUGCGGAUCCUGAGUGUCUUUGGAAAAGGGGAGGACCCACUGGCGGUUGAUGGCCAUGACAACCUCUUCACCGCGUUCGGACCUGAGGCUCUGAGCUCGCUGUCCGUAGAACACAGCGUGGCAAAGAGCCUGGAGCGCGGCGAGCAGCUGGUCCACUGUGAGGAGCUGACCGGGCAUCGGGGCGGCGGCAAGGACCGGCCCGGUGUGUUGUCUGGAGAGGUGUGUUGUCAUUUCCACAAUGGCGAGAAGCCGUACGAGUGCGACCAAUGCACGAAGCGCUUCCAACUGAAAGGCAGCCUGAAGAUCCACAUGAGGACUCACUCCGGGGAGAAGCCCUACAGUUGUGACCAAUGCGUGAAGCGCUUCAGUCAGAGCUCUCACCUGAAGAUCCACAUGAGGACUCACUCCGGGGAGAAGCCCUACAGGUGUGACCAAUGCGUGAAGAGCUUCAGUCAGACCUCCGACCUGAAGGUCCACAUGAGGACUCACUCCGGGGAGAAGCCUUACAGGUGUGACCAAUGCUUGAAGCACUUCAGUACGAGCUCCUACCUGAAGAGCCACAUGAAGAUUCACUCCGGGGAGAAGCCAUACAGGUGUGACCAAUGCUCAAGGCGCUUCAAACUGAAAGGCAGCCUAAAGAUCCACAUGAGGACUCACUCCGGGGAGAAGCCCUACAGUUGUGACCAAUGCGUGAAGCGCUUCAGUCAGAGCUCUCACCUGAAGAUCCACAUGAGGACUCACUCCGGGGAGAAGCCCUACAGGUGUGACCAAUGCGUGAAGAGCUUCCGUCAGACCUCCGACCUGAAGGUCCACAUGAGGACUCACUCCGGGGAGAAGCCUUACAGGUGUGACCAAUGCUCAAGGCGCUUCAGACGGAGCUCUCACCUGAAGAGCCACAUGAGGACUCACUCCAGGGAGAAGCCCUACAGGUGUGACCAAUGCGUGAAGUGCUUCGGUCAGACCUCCGACCUGAAGGUCCACAUGAGGACUCACUCCGAGAAGCCUUACAGUUGUGACCAAUGCUUGAAGCGCUUCAGUCGGAGCUUCAGCCUGAAGACCCACAUGAAGAUUCACUCCGGGGAGAAGCCCUACAGGUGUGACCAAUGCUUAAGGCGCUUCAGACGGAGCUCCACUCUGAAGUACCACAUGAAGACUCACUCCGGGGAGAAGCCCUGAAUGUGCAACGCCAGCUUCAGCGACCCAAACAAUGAGGCAAUGCGGUGCUUUGACACAGGGCAACGGGCGCUUUGAUUGAAACCUCUAUCCUCUAACCUCUAUCUAUUUUCUAUAAAAAAAAAAAAAAAAGAAGAAGAAUAAUUGAUCGAGUUACAGAAAACUCGGUCAAGAAAGAUGAGAAGAAUUCAUAGAAUUCGAAGGCAAACCCAUGCGUCUAUUUUGC